CUCUGAAAUAUAUAUAUAUAUUUAAAGUUUUAUAGAACGCUUUCACUGGUCUUCCUAACGUAAAGCAAGUCGUGUCAGAAGGUGCAAGAUGGCGCUCUCCUCUGUGACAGGAGUGGGUGUCACACUCUUGAGAAGUAUUGCAGGACAGAUGUGUUCAAGAAUUGUCGCCUCAGUCUGCGUUGUUCAACACCCCUCCUUCCACACCAGUCCGACAUUAGAGCUCAGUAGAAAAUGGGAGAGGAAGAAUCGAACUGUUUAUCCGCCGCAAAGUCGGGACGAGGCGCGGAGACCUGCUGAAAUCCAUCACUGUAGGCAGCAGAUAAAGUACAGCAAGGACAAGAUGUGGUAUCUGGCAAAACUGAUAAGAGGCAUGAGUAUUGACCAGGCCAUCGCACAGCUGGAGUUCAACGAUAAGAAGGGAGCGGGUAUAAUGAAGGAGGUUCUGUUGGAAGCCCAGGAACUGGCUGUUAAGAAUCACAAUGUUGAGUACAAAUCAAACCUGUAUGUUGCCCAGUCGUUCUCGGGGAAGGGGAAGUACCUGAAACGGAUCCGGAUCCACGGCCGGGGCAUGUGGGGCAUCAUGGAUAAGGUCCACUGCCACUACUUUGUGAAGCUGGUGGAGGGCCCCCCCCCCAUGGUGGAGCCGAAGGCGGGGCUGGACCAGGCCCGGGAGUAUGUGGAGAAUCUGAAGAGCCGCACCGUCAUCCACUCGCUCUAGUGCCCGUCGCUGGCCUCUCCUGCCCCUGCGUUAGCUGCUCAUUUGGGUCUUCAGAGGUGGACAAUGUACUGAAGUGAUAUGGCACUGGCUCCUUAUGGAGUCCAGCUCUGGAGGGUAAAGGAGAUGAUCAUGAGGGCAGAGGUUAGCAGCAGCAGUGAUGUUCUGACUAUGUACAGCACGAUGUGUUUGUGUACACUAGAGCCGUUAUUGCUUCCUAACACGACUCCCAAUGUACAAAACAAAGCCAAUGUCUUUUAUUAAUAAAAUAAAAUCUAUUAGGACUUCA